UUUCAGAAGAUACUUAAUGACGACAUUCUAUUGACUAAAUCGACAAUGUUACUAUAGCUUACGAAAACUGUACUGUGUGCCUUAUACUUCUUGCCAUCAUCAAAUCCCUCAUCAUAUCAAAUGUGCUACUGAGUUGGAACUCUAUUCAAUUAAAAAAACGCAAAUAUAAAAAGUGUAGGAAAAGAAUUAGAUUUGCUUGAACUGUACUAAAAUGAAACAACAACACGUGGAUUUGCUGAACGAGUUCAGCAGUAAACAUGGAGGAUGGAACUCGAAAAUGACCAAGAUUUCGCCCGGCAACAUUCUCCUCGUCUGUCCGCCGGAGAUGUUCGACGCGCUGGGCAGAUGUCUGCUGAGUGAGAAGAGUGGCUGGAAGAGCAGCGCAAGAGGUGACAACAGCGGGACUGAGCAGUUCUACGCCUUCGAACCCUAUACACCUUUUUCAAAGUAUCAGACUCUCAAGAAACAGGCCGGGGACUCAUGCACAAAGAUCAUGACUCUGGAGAAGGGCAAGUGUGAGUUGACCAUUGCCAAUGGACUGCUUCCACCCGGCAUGAACGAAAUAGAGGGCUCAAAGUUCACCUGGGACGACGCCAAUGUUGUACUCAACAUACUAUGGACAUCGCGAAAACCCGCAGGUGCCUUCUCCUCCCUGAAGAACAUGAUGGGUGGAGGCAGUAGUAGUAGUAGUAGUGGCAGCAAGUCUUCCUCAAAUUCCAACCCCAGUGAUCCCUUCACGCAAGAUGAGGUGUUCAAGUGGAUACACAGGUAUGUGAACGUGGACAACUGUGAGUGUAGAGUGGACAGGUGUACCAAGGACCAGUGCAACCACAGAAAAACCCAACCCAGAGUCGAAUCACUACUCAAGACACUACUGGAAUUAAUCAAGAGCGACAAAGUGUUCAGUACAGCGAAGCCAUGUCCCUGCUGCAAGUGCGUAGAUAAAGCUAACUUUACUCUUCGCUUGCAUAGUUUAAAAGCGGAAGACAUGUUUGCCCUGCUGAACAAACUGGCUUUGGAUUCGAUCGUGUUGCAGCAGAUGGUCAAUUUCCGCAAUGAGACGCGACUGCAUGAACAGCAAAUCAGUUCAACCGGAAACAGACUCAUGAACAAAUGGAAAGGCAUGAAGAGUGCAGUGUCGGAACAGGCCAACUCAGUCACCGGUCAAGGUCAAGAGGAGGAGGAGGGAUUCAAAGACUACGUGCCUUCCAUGCCCAGCAAAGCUGGACUUAUCAAAUCCAUGUUCUUGGGCUAAAUUUAAAGUAAACUGCUAAUUGUGUACAGAUUAAACUGGAUUACAGCCUUGAUGUGAUUUAUAGUAGUUAAUUAUUUAAGUUUUC